UAUUCAAAUUACAAAGCAGGAUGAUAUUGACUAGCCGUUCUCUACUCUCUCACCAUCGAUCCUCCUCCUGCUUUCGCUCUCUUCCUCAGCUUGCAUCUUCUUCUCACUUGGCUUUCCCCACUUCUUCCCCUACAUAUAUGGAAUCAGAAUCAUCGGCGCCUUCACUUUUGGUGUUAUGCGGGAAAUCUGCAGCUGAGAAUGAACUGGCCAAGUCAUUGAAGAAUAACAAUGCUAUGAAACUCCUUGGGGACGAUCAAUUCGAAGUUGUUUUGCAUCCGGAGGUCGAAGAUAACCUCGGAAACGAAGGGUUUCGCAUUAGAGAUUACUUUAAAUCCCUUUUGACGAUGAGCCUCGGGAGGUUCCUUGUUUACUCUCCUAGAUUGCCUUCGACACACGACGUCGUUGCACGAAAUUUCUGUGAGCUGCCAGUUGGUGCAGUGUGUGUCGCUGAUGUGCAAUUCAAGGGGCGAGGUCGUUCAAUGAAUGUGUGGGAAUCACCAAAGGGUUCCCUUCUAUUUUCCUUUACCUUACAAAUGGAAGAUGGACGAAUGGUGCCACAUGUUCAGUAUGUAGUCAGUCUUGCCAUGACAGAUGCUAUUAAUGAUCUCUGCAUGCAAUAUGGUAUACCACGUCUUGAUGUAAGAAUAAAGUGGCCAAAUGAUUUAUAUUUAGGUGGCCUUAAGGUUGGUGGCAUUUUGUGCACUUCAACAUAUAAGUCACAGAAGUUUAAUAUCAGUGCUGGAAUAGGCAUAAAUGUAGAUAAUGAAAAGCCCACAACAUGCUUGAAUACUGUUCUGCAGAAAUCAACUUCUGUUCCAAACAUAUUUAAAAGGGAAGAUAUUAUGGCAGCCUUUUUCAAUAAGGUUGAGAGCUUCAUUGAUGUUUUCUUUAAUCAAGGAUUUCAGCCUCUUGAGGAGUUGUACUACAAGACUUGGCUCCACAGUGGACAGCGAGUUAUUGUACAGGAGAAAACUGAAAACCAGGAUCAGUUUGUAGAGAAUGUAGUGACCAUUCAGGGCUUAUCAUCGUCAGGUUACUUAUUAGCCAUAACUGAUGAUGGUCAAACAUGUGAACUUCAUCCCGAUGGCAACAGUUUUGACUUCUUCAAGGGACUUGUGAGAAGGAAAUUAAGUCAAUAAAGAUCUUCCCUGUGUCCAUGAAUUUAGCCUUAUACCCUUCCU